AUGGUCUCAACACGGUCGACCAGCAAGGCUGUUUCUGUCAUUACGGCCGUCUCAACAUCCAGUGGCCGUCCAGCAAAGCGCGCAAGAGCGUCCGUGUCUGCUGCGGAGGUUGAGCUUGAUGAGAUUGAUGACCCUUCGCCCUCCGAACGCGAUGCCCCUUCAAUCACUGUCGCAUCGAAGAAGGCGACCAAGAAUCGAGUCUCGAAGACCCGUGAGGUUGUGAAAGUCAGCGGAGAGGACGAGGAGCCGAAAGAGGCCAGGAAGAAACCGCGCAAGAAGCUGCAACUCGAGACGGACCCUACGACCUACGCACCGCGUGCUCAGUCAGCUUGGAAGAUUGGCGCCCACGUCUCUGCAGCAGGUGGCGUUGAAAAUGCCGUGCUCAACGCGGCGUCGAUAGGCGCCAACGCGUUCGCGCUAUUCCUCAAAUCGCAACGCAAAUGGGCUGGACCGCCUCUGUCAGAAGAUUCGCGCGCAACCUUUACUGAACGGUUGAAGUCGUUCGGGUACGAGGCGAAGCAUGUGCUCCCGCACGGGAACUACCUUGUGAACAUGGGCAAUCCGGACGCGGACGUUCGCGAGAAGAGCUAUGCGUGCUUUGUGGACGAGCUGAAACGAUGUGAGGCUCUUGAACUCACUCUGUUCAACUUUCACCCAGGGAGUACUGUUGGAGCAUGUACGGUGGAAGAGUCGUUGAAAUACAUCGCGGAGUGUAUCAAUCGUGCCCACCAGGAGACCCAGACGGUUUGCAUCGUGAUAGAGAACAUGGCAGGAGCCGGCAACGUCGUAGGAGGUGAGUUUGAGCACAUUGCCAAGAUCAUUGAGCAAGUGCGGGACAAGACUCGCGUUGGCGUCUGCGUGGAUACAUGUCAUGCUUUCGCUGCCGGCUACGACAUACGAACCGAGAAGGGCUGGAAUGAAACAAUGACCCAGUUUGAUACGACCAUCGGCAUCCAAUAUCUGCGUGGCAUGCACCUCAACGACUCAAAAGCCACGUUGGGAAGCAAGAAAGACCGGCACGACAAUCUCGGAUGCGGCAAGAUUGGCCUGGAUGCUUUCUCUCAUAUCGUCUCAGACCCGCGGACGCGCGAUAUCCCGCUCAUCCUGGAAACACCGUCGCACGAGAGCAAAGACGGUGCGGUCUGGCGGGCGGAGAUAGCUGCAUUGCAUGCGUUCGUACCCGACAGCGCCAGUGACAGGCGGAAGACAGUUUCACAGGCGGCGAGCGAAGUGAGGGAAGUCGUCGAAGUCGCCGUCAAGGCAGAAAACGAAGCGAAGAAGGCAAAGGAAGUAAAGCGAGGGACAAAGCGCAAGAAAGCGGCGAGCAAGGAUGGGAAUGAGGAGGACGGCGACGAGGAUGAUGAAGACGUAUAA